GGAGGAGGGAAUGGGACGUCGGGGAGGGCACAGGGGUCCCAUCCCUGGGGGCUGCGCUGUGCAGGGGGAUCUGCACGAGCGGGAUUGGGAUGGAGAGUGGGAUCGGGAGCGGGAUCAGGGGAUGAGAGAAUGCCUGAGGCAGCGGGCAGGAGUACGAGGGUGCGUCACACAGGCAGGCAGGACACGCAGGUGGCAGUGUGACGCUUGUGCACCGCGAGGACCUGCCGGGAGAAGGUCACCUGUGCGCCAGGACACCUGUACGUGUGUCCCGGCCACUGUCACGGCCGCGGCCCCAGCCCCGCGGCGGGCGGGCCCGGCGGGCGGGUGACAGCCGCACCCUGGACCGGGCGGGUGCUUCCCGCCUCCCUGUCCCUGUCCCUGUCCCCGGCGAGGCCACUCCGGCACCGUGGCCUCACCGGACACCCCCAUGCAGCGGGAGCGUGGGGAGCAGAGCCCAGGAGCCCCUGAAACCGAGGUCAAGGCUGUCAUCGUGGGGGAUGGAGGCUGCGGGAAGACGUCACUGCUGGUGGCAUUCGCCAAAGGAGACUUCCCCAAGGUCUAUGUCCCCACCGUGUUUGAGAAGUACACGGCGUCCCUCCAAGUUGCCGGCAAGCCCGUGAAGAUCCACCUGUGGGACACAGCAGGACAGGAAGACUAUGACAGGCUUCGCCCUCUGUCCUACUCAGAUGCCAACGUUGUCCUCAUGUGCUUUGAUGUCACCGACUCCAACAGCUUUGACAACAUCCUAACAAAGUGGUACCCGGAGGUGAAUCACUUCUGCAAGGGGGUCCCGGUGCUGCUGGUGGGCUGCAAGACGGACCUGCGGCAGGACCAGGAGGUGCUGCAGAGGCUGAAGGACGGACGGAUAGAGCCCGUCUCCCGCCAGCAGGGAGAGGCCAUGGCCCGGCAGGUCCGCGCCGUGUCCUACAUGGAAUGCUCGGCCAGGUACCAGGAUAACGUCGGGAACAUCUUUGUGACAGCCUGCAAUGCCGCCAUCAGCGCCGCCCGCCGGAGGCAGCGCAAGGCGGGACCCAGGAGGGUCUGCGCGAUCCUCUGAGCCCCCCGGCUCAGCACAGCCCCCCAGGGUCUCCUGCUGUCCCCGAGCUCCGACCACCCCGCGGCUGCUGCCACACCUUUGCCUCCGCCACCGGAGUGCCGCUGCCACCCUCCCGACCCGGGGCUGGCACCUCCAGUCACCACGGGGUGACAGCAGGAAAGCAUUCCUGGCAUGAACUAUCACGCCUGCAUCCCAGAGUCCCUUUCCCACUGGGGAUGCCAGCGUCCUGUCCCUGUCCCGCCAGGAAUCCCAGCGUCCUGUGCCACCAUGGCUGCCAGCACCCCCUGCCAACUGGGCUCUGGGGACACAGAACUGAUUUGGGACUCCCCUUCCCGCUGGCAGGCCAGUGCAGGAGGGUGACUCCGGGUGACUGCAGGGCCAUCUUCUGCCAUUAAAGUGACACUAAACUCAUCGGCGUGAACGCUCCCUGGGGCAGGAGGAGCCCCUGCACGGCCUGGGGGCGUCGGGGACAUGGUGUGGGCGUUGGGGACAUGGUGUGGGUGCUGGGGUCCACCAUGUGCCCAGGAUGGAUGAGAGACCACUGGGAUGGGGUCACUGAUUUUGGGUUGAGGUGUGUGUGAGUAUGUGUCCAGGUGUGUACUGCACACACGGAUCUAUAACCAUAUGUAUGGUUAUAUAUAUAUGUUUUUAUAUACAUGCUACAAUAUAAUGUAUAUCUGACUAUAUAAUUUAUAAACAUCCAUAUCACUAUA